AUGAGUGUUGAAAUUGGUACUAAUGUUGAAGGUGAAGGUCGCAUUCGUCGUUCCCAUUUAAGUCCUGAUAAAUUGAUUGAUUCACCCGAAGAAGGCGUUAAAACUCUUUAUGAUGUGGUACAACGUAGUGUUAAAAAAUAUGGCGAUAGUAAAAAUGCUUUAGGUUAUAGAAAAAUCGAAAGGAUUGUUGAAGAAGAAAAAGAAAUCACAAAAUUUGUUGGAGGGGUUGAAACAAAAGAAAUGAAGACUUGGAAAUAUUUUCAAUUAUCAGGUUACAAUUGGUUAACUUAUAAUGAUAUGGAUCAAGAAAUUAGAACCAUCGGGGCUGGUCUGAUAAAAUUAGGUUUAAAUAAAGGAUCUAAAGUUGCAAUCUUUGCUGCUACAAGUAUGACUAUUGUGACUGCAUAUGACACCCUUGGAGAAGAAGGUCUUCUCCAUUCAAUGAAUGAAGCAGAAGUUAGUGGAAUAUUUACUAAUGCAGAUUUACUCCCAAUGGUUAAAAAGGUUGCUGGAAAAUGUUUAACUCUUAAAUUUAUUAUUUAUGAUGGUGAUGCAAAUGGAUCAAUUUUGCAAGAAUUGUCAAAUGCUCAUCCAAAUUUUAAAAUCCUUACAUUGGAAGAACUUAAAGAAUUAGGCAAAAAUUAUCCAAUAAAUUCAAAUCCACCACAACCACAAGAUAUAUGUUGUAUCAUGUACACUUCUGGAACUACUGGUAAUCCAAAAGGUGUCAUGUUGACUCAUGCUAAUCUCGUUGCAGCAAUUGGCGGUGUUGAAAAAAUGCUUGGACACUUAAUUCAAGAGGAUGAUUCACUUCUUGCAUACCUUCCACUUGCUCAUGUUCUUGAAUUUGGUGUGGAACAUGUAUGUCUUUGGUGGGGUGUUACCUUAGGUUAUGGAACACCUCGUACUUUGACAGAUUCAUCUGUAAGAAAUUGUCUUGGUGACAUGGGUGAAUUGAAACCUAGUGUAAUGACUGGUGUGCCAGCAGUAUGGGAGUCAAUUAGGAAAGGCAUUCUUUCAAAAGUCCAUGGAAGUAGUCCAGCUGUACAAAAAAUUUUUGAUGUAGCUUUCAAGACUAAAAGUUGGUUAAUGGAAAAAGGAUUACCAACCAAACCUUUUGAUACUUUGAUAUUCAAUAAGAUAAAAGAACAAACUGGUGGAAGGUUGAGACUUGCAUUGUCUGGCAGUGCACCCAUUUCUAAAGAAACACAGGAAUUUUUAUGUGUAACUUUAUGUCCAAUACUUCAAGGUUAUGGUAUGACUGAAGCCUGUGGUAUGGCUGGUACAAUCCUUACACCGGAACAAUUCACCUACGGCAGUGUUGGAGCACCAGUGCCUUGUACAGAAAUAAAAUUAGUUGAUGUACCAGAUGCUGGCUAUAAAUCUACAAAUACUCCUAAUCCACAGGGAGAAAUUUGGCUUCGUGGACCUACAGUUACACCAGGUUAUUAUAAAAAUGAAAAAGUGACCAAAGAAACAUUUACAGAAGAUGGAUGGCUACAAACAGGUGAUAUUGGGGAAUGGAAGCCAAAUGGAUGUUUAAGUAUUAUUGACAGAAAGAAAAAUUUAGUUAAAUUAGCUCAUGGUGAAUACAUUGCACUUGAAAGAUUGGAAUCAGUUUAUAAAUCAACCUUAUUCGUGUCCAAUCUUUGUAUCUGUGCUGAUUCAUAUCAGUCACGUCCUGUAGCUUUAAUUUUUCCUAUUGAAGCACGAAUCAGAAAACUUGCAAAGGAAAAAAACAUAACUGAAACAGAUUUUGAGAAGCUAUGUCAAAAUAAAGAAAUAACAAACUCAGUACUUCAAGCUUGUCUCAUCGAGGCAAAGAAAGCAGAUUUUAAACCCGCAGAAUUGUUAUCUGCAGUUACAUUAGUGCAUGAAGAAUGGACAGCUGAAAAUGGACUUUUGACAGCAGCACAAAAAAUUAAACGUAGGGAUCUUCAACAAAAAUACCAAGAUGAUAUUGAUAGAAUGUAUGGUAAAAAAUAA